GGUCAGCUGUGUGAAGUUGAGUGCUGAGUGGCUGAUAGAGACAUUGGUGGCGGCUGAUUCUCUGCGGUUAGGAGGCACCAGGUAGCCUGACCUCAGCCGCUGGACAUGCGAGAGAAUCUGGAUAUAUGCCAUCUCGAGCUCUAGAUUUAUAGAUGGCCCCGGCCUGCCGUUAAUCGCUGCACAAUGAAGCCUGGGACUCCGGUGAGCUCGCCCUCCCCUCUGCGGCUGCUCAACAGGGGCCCGGAGUAUCUACGCCGGCAAAUGCAAAGUGACGACAGGAGCCCGGUGCGGAGCGCUGUCGAGAGGCUGGAAGCGGACAAGGCCAAGUACGUCAAGAGCCAGCAGGCCAUGAGCAGCCGGCAGGAUCCGGCCUCACCUUCCCAAGCCGCGUCCGCGCUGCCCGGUUACUCCCGCGGACACGGUCAGCCCAACGCGGCCGAUCUCAGCCGCCUCCAGCCCGGCUCGGGCCACAUCACGAAAGAGAACACGAAUUUCGAACUGCUGAAGAACGUGCAGAACGUUCUGCUGGACGGGGCUUGCCAAGAAUCUCCCACCGUCAGGCGGGCAAACGCCCGGAGAAUGCCAAGACCCGACUCCCUGAUCAUGUACCGGCAGAAGUGGGACGGCAAAGGCAGAGCCCCGGAGAGCGGCAGAGGCUACGGAUUCAUCCGCCGGCUCUUCCGGGGUUCGGUGAGAGAAAAACAAACCGCCUCCCUGGACCGUGUGAAGGACGGGGCCAGAGCCAGACACGUCAAUGACAGUGACUCAACACCGGACACCAAGAACGAUUACAUCUUUCUGUACCCACACACAAACGUCGCCAUCUCUCCGGGCAUCUGUCGUGCCAGGCUGCAAAGGUCAGCGAAGGUGAGCGGGGCUGCUGUGUUGAGUGUAAACUCUGACCCUGACCAGCGCUCCUCUGCUGCUCUCUCUGAGGCCGAACGUUUCUUCAAUGAAUGUGGGCUGGACCCAGAGGUCGUUCGGCAACUGGCCUCGGCCAGACCCCAGCCCAGCGGCACAGCCACCUCACACAGCAGUGAGCCGUGCGGGCACAGCGCGGACAGGGAGGGAAUUUACGAAGAGGAAAUGAACAAGCAGGUCCCCGCGGAGGUGUCCGUCAUCGAACGCAACGCACGGGUCAUCAAAUGGCUGUACGGCUGUAAAAAGGCCAAGGAAGGGCCAAGGGAAUCCACUGUGUAGAGAGAGCGAGAGAGCGAGGGAGGGGCAGGCAACCUGACCAUUGAAUGAACUGUGGACAGACUACACAGUCUAUGUUGACCAAAGCUCUGGGAGGAGCAGAGCUAAGCUCAGCCUUCAGAACUUACAAAUGAGGCUUAUAUUUAAGAUGUAAUAUUUUAUUUUGAGAGUGUAAUAAGCUGGGGUAACACCCCCCCCCCAUCCCCCAUGGCCCCCAUCAUUUGCUCCAUGGGAGCUCUGACACCUACACACACGAGUAGACACACUGCAUCGUACAAUCACUUUCACAUUUCAGUGCAUGCAUGUGCACACACUUACAUACAAGUGUGCACACACACAUGCACGCACUUGCUGUGACUCCAGGCAUGAGUUUAGCUGUCAAUUGUUAAGUAUUGAAUGUGCAUUAUAUUUAUAAUUCACACAACUGGUCACCGCCCACUUCUUUUGUUUCUGAACCCGGUGGUGUUGGAAUGUAUGUUUCUGUAUUUGAUACAAAGGUUUGACAUUUUUGUAACUGGAAUGCAAAGUUUAAUAAAGUUUUAUCUAAGUUC